CCCCCCUUUCUGAGCGCUCCCGUGGUACGUUCCAGUGAGACGUCAGAGGCGUUUAAAUGAGGAAGAUCAGCGCCAAAGGCAGCCAGUGCAGCCACAGCUGACCUGAGCUAGGAGAGGGCAUGUGAGGGGGCCUUCAUGGAUCUGCUGGACCACCUCUUUACUUGGCUGUAUUUAAAGAGAAGUAUGAUGGAAGUUUUCCACAAGAACCCACCACGCCGAUGAACACAUCGCAUGGCUGCAGACUGAGAAAUGCUGCAGGAGGAAGACUUAUGAAAAGCAAAUAAUAUCGACCUCCGUGGUUCCCGUCACCUCCUCACGCCCCAGCAUUCCUUGCCCGGGAUCCCCGUUGCCUUGAAACAGUCCAUAGACCUGCGUACAUCCAUGGACGGCAAAUACAAGGAAAUUGCUGAGGAAUUGUUCUCACGCAGCCUGGCAGAGAGCGAGAUGCGCAGUGCUCCUUAUGAAUUCCCAGAGGACAGCCCCAUUGAACAGCUCGAGGAGAGACGCCAUCGCCUGGAGCGUCAGAUCAGCCAGGAUGUCAAGUUUGAACCAGACAUCUUGCUGCGAGCCAAACAGGAGUUUAUGAAAACAGACAGCGCCACAGAUCUCGAAUACAUGAAGCAGCAGAGUCAAGCGCCAGACCUGCUGGAUAGAGAGCUGCUCCCAGAAAGAGAAUACCAGCGAGUCACCAUUUCUGGAGAAGAGAAAUGUGGGGUUCCAUUCACAGACCUGCUGGAUGCUGCAAAGUGUGUGGUGAAAGCCCUGUUCAUAAGACAGAAGUAUAUGGGCCUGUCAUUGCAGUGCUUCUGCAGGACCACCGCUCGAUACCUGCAGGAGCUAAGCGAGAGACCCCUCGACCUAACUAUCUACGAAGAUGAAUUCCAAGAGGCGAUGAAGGCCACUGUCACCGCAGAUGCCACAGUGCACCCGCCGGUUUCUGGAACACACCCCUACAAGAACAAAGACCCGACCAGCAUGCCUCCCGACAUGGGCUACGGCUGCAAGAUGGUGAAUGGCGUCAUGCACGUGUACACAUCAACAGAGACCAUGGACAAGAGCACAGAGCUGGACCUACCAUAUCCGGACUUGCAGGAAUACAUCGCGGACAUGAACGUCAUGAUGGCCCUCAUCAUCAAUGGACCAGUAAAAUCCUUCUGCUACCGUCGCCUGCAAUAUCUAAGCUCCAAGUUCCAGAUGCACAUCCUCUUGAAUGAGAUGAAAGAGUUGGCGGCGCAGAAGAAAGUCCCGCAUCGAGACUUCUACAACAUCCGGAAGGUGGACACUCAUAUCCACGCCUCCUCCUGCAUGAACCAAAAGCACCUUCUGCGCUUCAUCAAAAGAGCCAUGAAGAAGUAUCCUCGGGAGAUCGUGCAUGUGGAGAGAGGCAAGGGUCAGACGCUCAUGGAGGUGUUUGACUGUAUGAACCUGACAGCUUUUGACCUCAGUGUGGACACCUUGGACAUGCACGCGGAUCGCAACACUUUCCAUCGAUUUGACAAGUUCAAUGCCAAAUACAAUCCCAUCGGUGAAUCCAUCUUGAGAGAGAUCUUCAUCAAAACGGACAAUCACGUCGAGGGGAAAUACUUCGGUCACAUUAUUAAGGAGGUGAUGGCUGACCUGGAGGAGAGCAAGUACCAGAAUGUGGAGCUGCGGUUGUCCGUAUACGGGCGCUCCAGAGACGAGUGGGACAAGCUGGCCAAGUGGGCCGUCAAACACCAGGUCUACUCGGACAACGUGCGCUGGCUCGUGCAAGUGCCACGACUUUUUGAUGUCUACCACACCAAGAAGCAGCUGUCCAACUUCCAGGAGAUGCUGGAGAACAUUUUCCUGCCUCUGUUUGAAGUCACAAUCCACCCAGGGAGCCAUCCUGAGCUGCACCUCUUCCUUCAGCACGUUGUGGGUUUUGACAGUGUAGAUGAUGAGUCCAAACCAGAGCAACAUAUCUUCAACCUUGACAGCCCGCUGCCGGCCAACUGGACAGAGGAGGACAAUCCGCCCUACUCCUACUACCUCUACUAUAUGUAUGCAAACAUGACCGUUCUGAAUCACCUGCGCAGGCAGCGAGGCUUCCACAGUCUCGUACUACGUCCUCAUUGUGGCGAGGCAGGCCCCAUCCAUCACCUGGUGUCUGGUUUCAUGCUGUCGGAGAACAUCUCCCACGGGCUGCUGCUCCGAAAGGCUCCUGUGCUUCAGUAUCUGUACUAUUUGGCUCAGAUUGGCAUCGCCAUGUCUCCGCUCAGCAAUAACAGUCUGUUUCUCAGCUACCAUCGUAACCCUCUACCUGAGUACCUCUCCAGAGGCCUCAUGGUCUCUCUGUCCACAGACGAUCCCCUGCAGUUUCACUUUACCAAGGAGCCCCUGAUGGAGGAGUACAGCAUCGCUGCUCAAGUGUGGAAGCUGAGCUCUUGUGACAUGUGUGAGCUGGCCAGAAACAGCGUGCUGAUGAGCGGAUUCUCUCAUAAGGUGAAGAGCUACUGGCUGGGGCCGGACUACGUCCAAGAAGGUCAGGAGAGCAACGACAUCAGGCGCACUAACGUUCCGGACAUCAGAGUGGCAUACCGCUACGAGACCAUGUGCGAGGAGCUCAAUUUAAUAACGCAGGCCAUUCGCACGGACGAGCUGGAGACCAUUGAGGAGGAAGAGAGUCUGUGCAUGGUUGCUACACAAGGAAAGCAAUAAACGAUCAACAUAGUUUCCAUGCAUCACAACUUUGUACACAUUUGUGUCAAAAUAGUUCAACCACUGUGGCAAAUUGAGAAAGGGCCUAUAAUUUGUGGUUAUUUCUGUGAGUUGUUCUCAUUGUUUGGUCUCUAAAUCUUCUUUUUUAUUAUUAUUAUUUUGUGUUUAUGGCCAUAACUUGUUAGCAGCAACAUUCAAGUUGUUGAGAUCGACUUCACAUCUCAGUAGUGUUUGUUUGGUUAUUAUAGUCUUCUCAGUGACUGCUUGAAGGCAAUGUCAUUGCUCGUCUCCAGCAACAAUGCAAGCGAUCUAAGAAUCCAUCUAUGUACGUUCACUUGUGCUGCUCGUGUGAUUAUGCGUGCUGCAGUCGCGCCCCUUGCACGAGGUCAACCGUUGCCAAAGCCAUCAGUUCAUUAAUCACUUGGGGAAAUGAAAGAAAACUUGAGAAACCUUUGUAAUUUCAUUUAUUGUGUCAUCUUAAGAAGUACAAGUUGCAAUGGGAAUGUUUGACUUGUCUCAGAUGAUCCUGCGCUGCAUGUUGUUUUGUGAAAUACAUGUUAAUGUUGCCUGUGUUAAUGUAAAAAAAUAUAUAUAAAUGUUCACGUUAAAGUG